AUGUUGAAGACGGAGUUUCUUUCCGCAGGUCAGCAGAUCAGGAAGUUGAUCAAGGAUGGGCUGAUCAUCCGCAAACCCGUGACCGUUCACUCCCGCGCCCGAUGCCGGAAGAACACCUUGGCCCGCCGGAAGGGCAGGCACAUGGGCAUCGGUAAGAGAAAGGGUACGGCCAAUGCUCGGAUGCCGGAGAAGGUGACCUGGAUGAGGAGGAUGCGGAUUCUGAGGCGCCUGCUCCGCAGAUACAGGGAGUCCAAGAAGAUUGACCGCCACAUGUACCACAGCCUGUACCUGAAGGUGAAGGGUAAUGUCUUCAAGAACAAGCGGAUCCUGAUGGAGCACAUCCACAAGCUCAAGGCGGAUAAGGCUCGGAAGAAGCUCUUGGCCGACCAGGCAGAAGCGCGCCGGUCCAAGACCAAGGAGGCU